GAGGAAGCCAUGAAUAAAAACCAACUCCAAAAAGAACUCUUAGAGAAAAUCAAACCCGGAACUAAACCUAGUGAUUUAAAGAAAACCCGCGCUAAACCGAAGCCUAAGGAAGUUUUACCCUCCCCCAUAGAGAUAAAGGAUGAAGGAUGCGGAAGCGAUAAUGCCCCUUUAAAGCCCACUAAGCAACCAACCAGCACUAUUCCUCCUAUUGUGGCCGAUAGUAUACCAACGCCCCUAACAGCCCCCACUGGCUCAAUCCUCGCCUUAAAAAAGCAAAUAGAAUUACAUAGAGAGAUAAAAAAAGCCGACGAGCAGAAAAAGCAAGAAUUAGCCGAGCAAAAAGCCGAGUAUGAGAAAACUAUUGAAGCCUUAAAAAAACCAGCUAAAAACCAAGAACAAACCCCAACAAAAGAAACCAAAACCUUCCUCUGCUCUGACUGUCAGCAAACUAAAUCUAACCAAGAACUAAGCCGCCAAUUUGCCCGUGUCCAAGCUCAGCAAGAAAAAGCCAAGCCCCAACCGUCAGACUUUAUUUGUCACACUUGCCAGCAAACCAAAAACGAAAUACCAAACAAAAUGAAACUUGACUUCACUCUCCAAGUCUACCUCAUUUGCUCCCUUUGCCACCCUAACUUAAAAGAAUUCAACGAAGCCGACUUAAUCACCGAUGACUUAUGGGCUAAAUACCCUUAUUCUUCGGCUUCGGAGAUAUUAGCCAAAGAAUUUGGAAUUAAAAAGGAGGAAUUAUGCGACCAAAAACAGAGCAAUCAAAAGAAUAUUCCAGCUUUCGCUAAUGUCGACCUAACCUCGGGCAAUUAUGGCGGCUUUUCUCGCCAACAACAACUAAGCACCCAAAGCCAAGAACAAGGGCAAGGAAGCCGAACCUCUAACCGCAAUAGCACUACGGCUAAGCAAAAUCACUCUAAUAAAGAAUACAUGCGAGCUAACAAAGACGCUAAUGUCUCCACCAUUACCCAAGACAGCUACGAACUAGCUCCCGUGCUCGGUAAAAUCCUGAAUGCUUUUUCUUUUACGGUGAUUGAACUAGCCAAAUUCUACCCUUUAUUUGAUAAAUUAAUGGUAAAGUUAUUCGACGAAAGUUUACCUUACCUCCAAAGACUAAAAAUCUUACAAGAAAAAACCGAAAAAGAACAUAAAAAACUCCCCGACACUUCUAACCGAAAGCCCCGUAUCGCUUUACGGUUGAAAACCUUAGAAGGCUGUUUAAAAGCCUAUGAACCAGAAUAUUUAGAAUUACCCCCUAGGGAAACCUUCCGGAGCCGCAUAAGAGGAGAAGAAGAAGGCUACACCCGGGUAAUCGGCUACCAGAAUAUUAUUGAAAUUGUGGAGAAGUAUUUGCGCAGCUAUCAUUUUGCUAAAAGGAAUAAUACUAAACCUCCCGCCCAGUUAAUGAUUAUGCUCUUAGGUGAACCGGGUCUGGGGAAGACCUAUAUUAGCAUGGCCAUUGCCAAAGCUUUAGGGAGAGGUUUUCAUAUGGUCGGCAUGAAUGGGAAACUUAACGCUUCGCUUAUUUUAGGGACUAACAUUGAAAAUCCCGGAGCCGAACCGGGAGAAGUUUUAAAAGCUAUUUCGCGGAGAGAAGAUAGAGGCGUAGUGAUUUGCUUUGACGAGAUUGAAAAAGCCGCCCGUGAAUGUAAAGAAGCCGCGGGAAUUCCGACCGAUAUUACCGGCAAUAAAGGCUUUACGGAUACCUUUUUAGACUUUCCCACUCCGGCUAAUGAGUGUGUUUUUAUUGCUACGGUGAACAGGUCGCAGGAUGUGCCUACUUUUGUCGCCGAUAGAUUUGCGAUAAGAGUGGAAGUUUUGCCGUUAGGUUAUGAAGAGAGGUUGGAAGUAGUAAGGAUAGUUUUAAGAGGAGAAUUAAAAGAGUUAGAUAAUGCUUUUCGGAGGAUUUAUUCUAAGAACUGGGAGGAAAUAUUUAACCUUUUUGACCAGGAAGAACUUUUAAAGAAAACUUUAACUUGGACUUUCUCGAUUAGGGGCGCCAAAAAUAAUAUCCUUUUAAAGUUAAUUCCGACCUUGGUGAGUGAUUUUUUAGAAGAAGAGCGAGGUUUGCCAGAAGUAGGGGCUUAUGAUUGA